AUGGCCAAGUCCCAACGAUCAAGUGUCACUAAGGCCAACAACCAGCGGCUCAAGAAGAAUGUCUUUGGCCCAGUAGAGGCCGCCAGGCAACAACGCCUGUCGGCACGGCUUCUCGAGAUCGCAUCGCAGCCCAAGCCAGUGCCUGAGAAGGCCAUGAAGGAUGUAGCCGAGCAGGCUGAAACAGAGGAGAACAAGACCGUUGACGAGACAAAGCAAGACGACACCAUGGAAGUCGACCAGCAGUCAAAGACAACAAAGUCAAAAACCAAGGGCAAGAUCGUGAAGAGACGAGGACGAAAAUCAAACAUUGUCUUUCCCAAGUUCGGGGAGCGCAGGAACAAGAAGAGGUGA